CUGGGGCGGGACGUCCGGGGCGGGCUCUGGGUGCCCGAUGCGGAAGGGUCCGGCCCGGCCCAGGUCGGAACAAAGCGGCGGCGGCGCGGCAGGCCCGGCAUGGCGGCGCGGCCGGCCCUGCUCCGCCUCUGGCUGCUCCUGUAUCUGCUCCCGCAGGUGUACUGUGAGUAUGGGAUGGUACAUGUCCUUUCAGAGAAGGGGAGCAGCAAAGGAAAAGACUACUGUAUUCUCUUCAACUCUCAGUGGGCCCAUUUGCCACAUGAUCUGGGUAAAGCUUCACUCCUGCAACUGCAGGAUCAGACAGCAUCUGUUUUGUGUUCUCCUUCUGAUGUACCUCAUGGGGGAUUUAAUAACCAAAUCCCCAUGGUGAUGCGAGGAAAUUGCACCUUCUAUGAGAAAGUGAGGCUUGCUCAGAUAAAUGGGGCCCGUGGGCUGCUGAUUGUUAGUAGAGAGAGACUGGUUCCUCCGGGAGGUAAUAGGAGCCAGUAUGAAGAGAUUGAUAUUCCUGUAGCUCUGCUUAGCUAUACUGAUAUGUUAGAUAUUGGCAAGAGUUUUGGCAGCUCAGUGAAAGGAGCAAUGUACGCACCAAAUGAACCUGUGCUGGACUACAACAUGGUGAUUAUCUUUGUCAUGGCCGUGGGGACUGUUGCAAUUGGAGGCUACUGGGCAGGAAGCAGAGAUGUGAAAAAGAGAUACAUGAAGCACAAGCGUGAUGAUGGGGCAGAGAAACAUGAUGAUGAAACGGUGGAUGUGACUCCCAUAAUGAUCUGUGUGUUUGUAGUGAUGUGCUGCUCAAUGCUCGUCCUCCUUUAUUUCUUCUAUGACCACUUAGUCUAUGUUAUAAUAGGAAUAUUCUGCCUGGCUGCCUCGAUUGGUCUUUACAGCUGUCUGUCUCCCUUUGUAAGAAGAUUCCCCUUGGGAAAGUGUAGAAUCCCAGACAACAACUUGCCAUAUUUUCACAAGCGUCCCCAGGUCCGGAUGUUGCUCUUGGCAGUAUUUUGUAUCUCUGUCAGCGUAGUCUGGGGAAUCUUCAGAAAUGAAGAUCAGUGGGCCUGGGUUCUGCAAGAUGCUUUAGGAAUUGCUUUCUGUCUUUACAUGUUGAAAACAAUUCGCCUGCCUACAUUUAAGGGUUGUACCUUACUCCUCCUGGUUCUUUUUGUGUAUGAUGUAUUCUUUGUAUUUAUCACACCUUUUCUAACAAAGACUGGGGAGAGUAUAAUGGUGGAGGUGGCUGCAGGCCCAUCUGAUUCUGCCACUCAUGAAAAGCUCCCAAUGGUCCUGAAGGUUCCACGACUGAAUUCCUCACCAUUGGCUCUAUGUGACAGGCCUUUUUCUCUCCUAGGAUUUGGAGACAUUUUAGUUCCAGGCUUACUGGUAGCCUAUUGCCAUAGAUUUGAUAUUCAGGUGCAGUCAUCCAGAGUCUAUUUUGUAGCCUGCACAAUAGCCUAUGGCAUAGGCCUUCUUGUGACCUUUGUUGCCUUGGCACUGAUGCAGAUGGGCCAGCCUGCUCUCCUCUACCUGGUGCCCUGCACUCUCCUCACCAGCUUCGUGGUGGCCCUUUGGAGAAGGGAGCUUGCCAUGUUCUGGACGGGCAGCGGCUUUGCGAAAGACCUACCUCAGCCUCCUGUGGUGAUAGCUCCUGUCAACUGCCCUCAGCUUCCCAAAGACAGCAGUGUGCCAGCCUCUCAACAAGACACUGAGCAAAUGACCAACCCCACCCUCCACGUGAAGGAGCUGCACGGCUCCACCUCGGCUGAAGAGGCACUGGCUGAUACCAGCACAAAGACAGACCAGUCAGAAAUCUCUAUGGCCCACAGUGAGGAACCAACUGCUCAGAAUAAGGAUGACCUUGAUAGCAAAUGCCUAAAUGCAGAACAAAACCAGUUGGAAUAAGUGAUGUGAUAAGAACUCCUUACUUUCCCUCACAAACAUACAUAAAACCAGUGUAUAUUUAGGACUGGUUUAGUAGGGUUUGCUUUCAUUGAGGAACCUCACUAGGAGUCUGAUCAUCAAAUCCAACAAGGAAUGUUCUGUCUCCAGCUUCGGUACAGCUAUAUACUUAAAACACCUUUCUGAAAUAUGGUGCUCUCCAGGAGUUCUGAUGUGUGGGUUUCAAUGAUCGCUGUUAGUGAAUGCCUUUGACCAUUUGUUCCCUUUGCAUUAUGCCAGGGUAGCAUCAAGAGUCUUUAUUUACCCAGUACUCUGUGCUUGUGCGGCUGUUCCGCUGCUUCACCACGAUGUAGGUUAACAUGGAGGAAAAGCAUUGAACAAGUCUGCUACAAUGCUUACUUGAGAGAAACGUGGUCUUUUUUUUUUUUUUUUUUCUUUUUUUUUUUUUUUUGGGGCACUUUCCCUAUUGUCAUCAUUUACUUUAUUUCUCCUGACUUGUCAAAGCCAUUGAUAUAAGGGAAUGCGUUAUUAUAAACUGACAUUCAGGAAAUGCAGAGAAUGGUUAAAUUACCAUUACCCCAAAAGGCUUUAUGCUACCAUGAUGUAUUAAAUGCAUCUCUUAACUUUUUUGUCUUUGUUUUUACUUCUAGGUACCUGAGCUACUAGUCUAGUUUAAAAGGCAGGGUGAGUAGAGCCCCGGGAAGCUUUCUAGGCAUUCAUGUGAACUCUGAGGGCUCUGAUAAUAAACAGGGUUGGUCACAGAAUAAUGCCUGGAAGCAAAUGCAUAUUAGGAAUGUUUAGAAAUAAAAUAUAAGCCAAAUAGGUGAAAAAUAAUUAGGUAGUAGCACUAAACUAAGCAUAACAGGCAGUAUUUUCAUUGGGAAAAUGUUAAAGCGCAAAUGUUCUUAUAUUUGGGGUUUUGAGCUUCUAUUUGUUCUUCAUUCAAGGAAUAUAAUUGUGAUUUCUAAUUCUGAAGAAAAUAGUCUGAUUUUUCAUUCCCAACGGAGCACAUAUGGUGCUAGAGAUAGUUGUGAUUUAAAAGCUACUUGCUGCUCAGUAACUUACCAACUGCCUAAGUCAUGUUUUUUCUUUGUCCCAAGACUAGCCAAAGCAUAGUCUGUCAGGUUCUGGAAUGAACCUGGGAGCUCACUUAUUAUUUUGUGUGUCGCUACAUUGUGAAGGAAUUUGUGAAUUUAACAAUUUUAGGGUGCAGCUGGUCUUACUUUAUAUUCCUGAAAUUGAUUGUUUUCCUGUGUAACAUGAUUGAGUCUUUUAUGCAUCAGCUUUUGUAUGCAGAAAGAUGAUGGGAUUUGUGUAUUACUUGUUCCGUCUAAGUACGUUUAGCUUUAUCAGA